AUGGCGACAUGGCAGAACUCAACAUCGUAUCUACCAACGGAACUCAUAUUGAAGUACCACAGCCAACUCAACCGGCUCAGGUUGUUGAACUCAAUGCUGGAGGAAUUAUCCACCGCGGACACGGCUACACUUAGUGACGUUGAAGUGGAUCUGGAGCAUAUCGAACGCAUCCAUCAGGAGUUCACGGCCACUCAUGAAUUUUUUGAGUUGAAUUGGCCGGCAUUUUUCCUUAAUCAUGCCUACUUCGCCGAAAACGUCCACCAGCAAGAGGCGAAGACUCAUCAGAGGCUCAGGCUCGCACUCAACAAGGUGCGACGUUCACUUGAGGUUGAGCAUCCAUCACCAGCGACGGAACCACGCGUUGAAUCAAACCUAUCUGGCAUUCAGUUGAAGAGCUUCUCCGGCGAAUAUGCAGAUUGGCCGGGUUUUAAGAAGAUGUUUGAGUCGCUGAUACUCAAGAAUGAGCGCAUAUCAGAAAUCGGGCGACUGCACUAUUUGCGCAGUUGUAUGCAAGGUGCACCGGCUCAACUCAUUGCCAAUUUCCCAUUGACUGCCAGCUCCCUUCAGCCGUCAUGGGAGCUACUCAACGCCCGCUACGAGAACAAGCGGUUGUUCAUCCAGGCUCAACUCGACCGGUUGUGUCGAAUCACCCCACUCACAUCAAAAUCCGCGACGGGACUUAAUCGGUUAAUAUCAACGGUGUCGGAGGCUCGUAAGGCAUUGGAAUCACUGGGGGUGGUAGAGAAUUUGGGGGAUCUCAUUCUGGUGCAUCACGUUGUGCGUCAACUGGAUCACUCAACGCGAGAAGACUGGGAGACUUCGCUGGGCUCAUCCCGCGAGUACCCCACCUUCAAGCAAGUUGAAGAUUUCGUAAAUUCACAAGCUCGUACAUUGGAACACAUCGAGACCACCUCCGCUCAGUCAUCUGCGGAGAAGACUCAGCCGACCAUUCCCCAAUCGCAACAAUCCAGAAAAUCAGCCACAGCUAACCAGGCCACCACUCAUCAGAAGAGUUCGCAGUCGGACGCGCGAUUCUUUUACUGCGAUUGUUGUGAGGGAAAGCACUUCAUCGUGACGUGCUCAAAGUUCCGUACACUCAAUAUCAUUGCACGGCGUAGCAUAGUUAUUGACGCCAAGUUAUGCUACAACUGUUUGGGACGGCACAAAGCGGACUCAUGCCGGACGUCUCUGCGUUGUAAGAGGUGUGGAGCGAAGCAUCACACCAUGCUCCACGACCCGGCACAUCGUCAGCAAACAACCGCAACAAAACCAGAGCGGUUGCAUUCAACCUCAUCCUCACAUUAGGAUUCAGGUGCAAUCGUCCACUCAUCAUCCACUCAAGGCACUCAUCACUCAACGCUGCUUGCCACUCAUACUCAGCAGCUCAUCAUUGUUUAUAACGAAUACUCAAGGGGCUUCAGCGAGAUGACCAGUAUCGUACACUAUACACCUCAUUCAUGGAGGAGUAUGAAGAACUUGGUCACUUGAUACCUAUCUCAGGCAACUCAUCGAGGUCAGCACGAGAAGAUGGUUCAACACCUGGACCAACUUAACGAUGGAACUUCAAGGCUUCUCUGAUGCUUCACAGUUAGCGAUGUCAGCUGUAGUCUAUAUCGUUGUCAGCUCACCGUCCACAGGCGCUCAUAGCUCAUAGAUCAUCUUUUACGGUGGACGGGACUACCAUGGAUGACCGAAUCAAUGGUCUCCUGGCGACUUCAAACGGCAAUACCAGACGACUACAGUUCGCGCGAGGCUCGUCCUGGCGUUGCACUCUUUGUGGCAGCUCCAAAGAUCGAGUACCAUUGAGACUCUAUACAUCGUUACUCAUCACUCAAAACUUUGUUUCAAGGUCGUCAAGAGACUGAGAAAACAUUCCUUCACCUCACCCCCAAUUUGCAAUUUUUAUUUUGUA